GUCUGAAGAGAUUGGAAUCAUGGGUGACAUUAAGAAUUUCCUGUAUGCCUGGUGCGGCAAAAGGAAGAUGACUCCUGCCUACGAGAUCAGAGCCGUGGGGAACAAGAACAGGCAGAAGUUCAUGUGCGAGGUCCGCGUGGAAGGCUUCAAUUACACGGGCAUGGGCAAUUCCACCAACAAGAAGGACGCCCAGAGCAAUGCCGCGAGAGACUUCGUCAACUACCUGGUGCGGAUCAACGAGGUGAAGAGUGAGGAGGUCCCGGCCGUCGGGAUCGCGCCCCCUCCGCCGACCCUCACCGACUCCACGGACGCCGCUGCCACCACCACGACUACCACGACCACCACAACUGGGAGCGCCCCCGCGCCCAUGGGGGGCCCGCUGCCCCCGCACCUGGCACUGCAAGCAGAGAACAACAACAACAACUCUGCCCCUGGGGCCACUGGGGCCACCGGGGCCACUGGGGCCUCCGGGGCCUCCGGGGCCUCCGGCUACGGGCCGCCCGGGUCCUGGGACAGGACGGGGAACUCCAACAUGAAGGACUACUACUCGACCAAGGAGGAGCAGGAGGUCCAAGCGACCCUGGAAUCCGAGGAGGUGGACUUGAAUGCCGGACUGCACGGAAACUGGACCUUGGAAAACGCUAAGGCGCGCCUGAACCAGUAUUUUCAGAAAGAAAAGAUCCAGGGAGAAUAUAAGUACACCCAAGUGGGCCCCGACCACAACAGGAGCUUUAUUGCAGAAAUGACCAUUUAUAUCAAGCAGAUGGGCAGAAGGAUUUUUGCACGUGAACACGGGUCAAAUAAGAAGCUGGCCGCCCAGUCCUGUGCCCUGUCCCUCGUCAGGCAGCUCUACCAUCUCGGAGUGAUCGAAGCUUAUUCCGGGCUCACCAAGAAGAAGGAAGGCGAGACCGUGGAGCCCUACAAGGUGAACAUCUCCCAGGACCUGGAGCACCAGCUGCAGAACGUCAUCCAGGAGCUGGAGCUGGAGAUCAUGCCCCCGCCCGAGGACCCCACGGUGCCCGUCGCGCUCAACCUCGGCAAACUGGCUCACUUCGAGCCCGCGCAGCGCCAGAACCAGGUGGGCGUGGUCCCGUGGUCCCCGCCGCAGUCCAACUGGAACCCCUGGACCAGCAGCAACAUCGACGAGGGGCCCCUCGCCUACGCCACCCCGGAGCAGAUCAGCAUGGACCUCAAGAACGAGCUCAUGUACCAGUUGGAGCAGGAUCGCGACUUGCAGGCGGUUCUGCAGGAGAGAGAGUUGCUGCCCGUGAAGAAGUUUGAAAACGAGAUCCUGGAAGCCAUUAGUCAGAAUUCGGUUGUCAUUAUCCGGGGUGCCACUGGCUGCGGGAAGACCACCCAGGUGCCCCAGUUCAUUCUCGACGAGUUUAUCCAGAGCGACCGAGCCGCCGAGUGCAACAUCGUUGUGACUCAGCCCCGGAGAAUCAGCGCCGUGUCCGUGGCAGAGCGCGUGGCCUACGAGCGAGGAGAGGAGCCCGGGAAGAGCUGCGGCUACAGCGUCCGUUUCGAGUCCGUGCUUCCGCGGCCGCACGCCAGCAUCAUGUUCUGCACCGUGGGUGUGCUCCUGAGGAAGCUGGAGGCGGGCAUUCGCGGGAUCAGCCACGUCAUCGUGGACGAGAUCCACGAGAGAGACAUUAACACCGAUUUCCUCCUGGUCGUGCUGCGGGAUGUGGUCCAGGCCUACCCCGAGGUCCGCAUCGUGCUCAUGUCGGCCACCAUCGACACCACCAUGUUCUGUGAAUAUUUCUUCAAUUGCCCCAUCAUCGAGGUGUACGGGAGGACCUUCCCCGUCCAGGAGUACUUCCUGGAAGACUGCAUUCAGAUGACCCACUUCAUUCCGCCACCGAAGGACAAGAAGAAGAAAGAGAAGGAUGACGACGGUGGCGAGGAUGAUGAUGCCAACUGCAAUCUGAUCUGUGGUGACGAGUACGGCCCGGAAACCAAGAUCAGCAUGUCGCAGCUGAACGAGAAGGAGACUCCUUUCGAACUCAUCGAGGCGCUUCUGAAGUACAUCGAAACCCUUAACGUUCCCGGUGCUGUGUUGGUCUUUCUGCCCGGCUGGAAUUUGAUUUAUACGAUGCAGAAGCAUUUGGAAAUGAACCCCCAUUUUGGGAGUCACCGGUACCAGAUCCUGCCACUGCACUCACAGAUCCCACGCGAGGAGCAGCGCAAAGUCUUCGACCCGGUGCCAGACGGGGUGACCAAGGUGAUUUUGUCCACGAACAUUGCCGAGACCAGCAUCACCAUAAAUGACGUCGUCUAUGUCAUUGACUCCUGCAAGCAGAAGGUGAAGCUGUUCACGGCGCACAACAACAUGACCAACUACGCCACGGUCUGGGCGUCCAAGACCAACCUGGAGCAGCGCAAGGGCCGCGCCGGCCGCGUGCGCCCCGGCUUCUGCUUCCACCUCUGCAGCCGCGCCCGCUUCGAGAGGCUCGAGACGCACAUGACCCCCGAGAUGUUCCGGACCCCGCUGCACGAGAUCGCCCUGAGCAUCAAGCUGCUCCGUCUGGGCGGGAUCGGCCAGUUCCUGGCCAAGGCCAUCGAGCCCCCGCCGCUGGACGCUGUGAUCGAGGCUGAGCACACGCUCCGAGAGCUGGACGCCCUGGACGCCAACGACGAGUUGACUCCUCUGGGGCGAAUCCUGGCGAAGCUCCCCAUCGAGCCCCGUCUCGGCAAGAUGAUGAUCAUGGGCUGCAUCUUCUACGUGGGCGACGCCGUGUGCACCAUCUCGGCCGCCACCUGCUUCCCCGAGCCGUUCAUCAGCGAGGGCAAGCGGCUCGGCUACAUCCACCGCAACUUCGCGGGGAACCGCUUCUCCGACCACGUGGCGCUGCUGUCCGUCUUCCAGGCGUGGGACGACGCCAGGAUGGGGGGCGAAGAGGCCGAGAUCCGGUUCUGUGAGCACAAGAGGCUCAACAUGGCCACGCUGAGAAUGACCUGGGAGGCCAAGGUCCAGCUCAAGGAGAUCCUGAUCAACUCGGGCUUCCCCGAAGACUGCCUGCUGACCCAGGUCUUCACCAACACGGGGCCGGACAACAACCUGGACGUGGUCAUCUCCCUGCUGGCCUUCGGCGUGUACCCCAACGUGUGCUACCACAAGGAGAAGCGCAAGAUCCUCACCACCGAGGGCCGCAACGCCCUCAUCCACAAGUCCUCGGUCAACUGCCCCUUCAGCAGCCAGGACAUGAAGUACCCGUCGCCCUUCUUCGUGUUCGGGGAGAAGAUCCGCACCCGGGCCAUCUCCGCCAAGGGCAUGACCCUCGUCACCCCGCUGCAGCUGCUGCUCUUCGCCUCCAAGAAGGUCUUCUCGGACGGGCAGAUCGUGCUGGUGGACGACUGGAUCCGCCUGCAGAUCUCGCACGAGGCCGCGGCCUGCAUCACGGCGCUGCGGGCGGCCAUGGAGGCGCUGGUGGUGGAGGUCACCAAGCGGCCCGACAUCAUCAGCCAGCUGGACCCCGUCAACGAACGUAUGCUCAACAUGAUCCGCCAGAUCUCGCGGCCCUCGGCGGCCGGCAUCAGCCUCAUGAUGGGCGCCGCCCGGUACGGAGACGGGCCCCGGCCCCCCAAGAUGGCCCGCUACGACAACGGCGGCGGCUACGGCAGUUACGGCAGCGGCUACCGCCGGGGCGGCUCCAGCUACGGUGGUGGCGGCUAUGGCAGCGGCGGCUAUGGCCACGGCGGCGGCGGCUACGGCAGCGGUGGCUACGGCCACGGCGGUGGUGGCGGCGGCUACGGCAUGGGCAGAGGCUACGGCGGAGGGGGCGGCGGCGGAGGAGGCUUGGGGGGUGGCGGCUACGGAGGUGGCCACGGGGGUGGCCCCAACAACUACAUGGGAGGCUACGGGCCCGGGGGCGGCGGACCCGGGGGUGGCGGGGGCUUCCGCGGCCCCAUGCGCGGGGGCUUCCGGGGCGGCUCGGGGGGAGACUUCCGAGGCGGGUCAGGUGGGGACUUCCGAGGUGGCGGCGGCGGAGACUUCCGGGGAGCCGGUGGGGGCUUCCGAGGACACGGGGGCUUCCGGGGGCACGGGGGCUUUGGGGGGGGUGGGGGCUAUUUUGGACAGGGAAGAGGGGGCGGGGGCUACUAGCAGGCCCCCGUCAGCCGAUGCCGCGCGCGAUGCAUGCUACCUAGUGUCCUGGGGUGUCCCUUCGCGCACCCCUGCGUUUCACCCCCAGCCCCGUCCCCGUGUUCUGUGGUUGUAGUUGCCGCAUAACCAAGCAUCUAGAUCCAUUAGUGAUUUUGUUUAUAUUCUGUAAAAUAAUGACCUAUCACACGAGUACCACAGUUUGUAUUUUUUCUUUUAAGGAGUAAAGAUUUGCCUUUAAAAUUA